AUGACCCGAGGAUCCCACCAUGACCAUGGCAUAUCAACGGUUAAAACACAAAGUAGUACAACACAACUCACUUCUUCUUCUUCUUCUCUCUCUCUCUCUCUCAUAUCAAACCACACAGUGGAAUCAAGUACAGUGGAAACCAGUGAUGGAGUAAAACUCCACACAAAGGCUUUUAAGCCCAAAGAAGAGAUCACAGACGAUGAUGGUCUGGUGGUUGUUUUGGUCCACCCCUUCUCUAUCUUGGGUGGCUGCCAAGCCCUCUUGAGGGGAAUAGCUUCUGGCUUAGCUGACAACGGUUACAAAGCUGUCACCUUGGACAUGAGAGGCGCCGGAAAGUCCACCGGAAGAGCCUCUCUCACCGGAUUCUCUGAAAUCAAAGAUGUUAUUGCUGUCUGCAACUGGGUUCGUGACCAUCUCCUCGGGCAGAGGAUUUUGUUGGUGGGUUCUUCUGCAGGAAAAUAAGUUUAGAGGCGGAAAGAUUCGUGACGCUUGGAGAAUGUGUAUCGAUGAUGAAUGGAGUCAAGGGGCCGAGCGUUAUUCGAUUCGAGGAUAUAGUCUCCUUUUAUGUUUUUAUGGUUUUUAUGUGUAUUUUCCGCAUUAUUAUGUAAUGUCUUUUAUUUUAAAUCUUGUUUUGUUUUAAAGACAAUGGGAUCCCAAAAUCCUUCUUAGUAUUCUGUUUAUUUGUAAAUAACUCUUAUUUUCAAGUUACUCAAUAAAUUAUGGUAUUUUUGUAAAAA